AUGUUUAAUGCUAUCUCUCUCAUGAUGGAAGAAGCCCUCAUUGAGGAGACUCCCACCAAGAACCAUAGCAUCCAGAAUUUUAUGUUGGCAAAGAAAGCCUUCUUGGAUGCUUGGCACAGUGCCAUCCACACUCCCAAACCAUCCACCUCCCAAGAAGCUAUGGAGAUGGAUACAUCCAUUGAGGAAAAGGUCAAGACUCUGCAGAAGUUGGUUGACACCCUUACAGUGUCUGCACCACCCAAAGAGAAGCUUAUACCUGAGAGUAAGGGAAAGAAGAGAGUUGUCUUGCCUUGCAAGAAAGUCCUUGAUCAGACCAACUCAGAGCCUGAUCAAGGGCAAACCACAGCACUCGUCAGUGCUUCUUCAAGGUCACCAUCCAUAGAGAUGGUAGAACCUUCCAUAAAGUCAGGGAACACCAAGCAUGAAGACUUGGAGGUUCAGCACUGCCAAAAAAGGGUUAAGAGUAAGGCAAUUGUUGCCUCUGAGGACAAGAUGUCCGACACCCUAGUGGUACUCAAGAAAGGGGCCUCUCGCGAAGGAUGCCCAUCCACACCCAAUGUCAGGGCACAUACCCUGACUUAG